UGCAUGUUACAGAUGUCACUGGUGCCAUCACCUUGGAGAUAACAUGUGGCUCUUAACAGCUCUGCUCCUUUGGGUUCCAGUUGAUGGUCAAACAGCAGACCUUGCAAAGUCAGUGCUCACCUUGCAGCCUCCGUGGGUCAGUGUAUUUUCAGAGGAAAAUGUAACAUUACAGUGUGAGGGAGCCCACCUGCCUUGGGACAGCUCUACACAGUGGUUUCUCAACGGCACAGCCAUUCAGACCUCGACCCCCAGCUACAGCAUCAUUGCGGCCAGUGUCAAAGACAUCGGGGAAUACAGGUGCCAGACAGGUCUCCUGCUGCCAAGUGACCCCAUACAGCUGGAAGUCCACAGAGAUUGGCUACUACUGCAGGUCUCUAGCAGAGUUGUCACUGAAGGGCAACCUCUGGCAUUGAGGUGUCACGGAUGGAAGAACAAGAGGAUAUACAAGGUGCUUUUCUACCACAAUGGCACGACCUUUAAGUUUUCUCCUUGGAAUCCUGAAGUCACCAUUCCGAAAACCAACGUGAGUCACAGUGGCAUCUACCACUGCUCAGGCUUGUACGGGAAGCCUAACUUCACAUCAGCAGGAGUAAACGUCACUGUUAAAGAGCUGUUUCCAGCCCCGGUGCUGAGAGCAUCCUCUUCACUGCCCCUGCUAGAGGGCAAGCCGGUCGACCUGAGCUGUGAGACGAGGUUGCUCCCACACAGCCCUCCUGGGCAGCUCUACUUCUCCUUCUACGUGGCCAACCAGACCCUGGCGAGCAGGACCGCAUCCUCUGGCUACCAGCUACGAACAGCUGGGAGAGAAGACUCGGGGUUCUACUGGUGUGAGGCCGCCACAGAAGACGGAGGUGUCAUCAAGCGCAGCCCUGAGUUGGAGCUUCGAGUGUUUGGGCUCCAGUCACCAGCUCCCGCGUGGUUUCAUGUCCUGCUCCACCUGGCAGUGGGAAUAAUGUUUUUGUUGAGCACUGUUUUCUGUGUGAUAAUAUAUAAGAAACUGCAGAGAAAGAGAAAGUUGACUUUCGAAAUUCCUGUGGACUCUGGUUAUGGGAAGAAGGUAAUUUCCUUCCGUCGAGAAGACAAACAUUUAGAAGAACAGCUGAAAUAUCAGGAACAAAAACAGCCGCAAGAGACGCCCCAGAAGCCCCAGGAGGAGGGGGAGCAGGAGGAGCAGCUCUGAGGGUGCCCACAAGUCAAGACAGGCCCUGCCCCUUCCUUUCCAUGAGCACGGAGCAUAAACAUCCAAAAGGUAAAAGACGCCAGAGUUGUGAGAGCCACGGCAUCCAACUAACCCUUAAAUAAAGCAAAGGAAUGAGCUGACUUCAAUGGAGCAAAACUUGGACAUUUGAUAAUUAGGGAUGAUUUGAUGUGAGACCUUUUGCAAAGCAAUUUUUAAAAACUUGAAAAUCAAGUCUAACCUAAUUAUCCUAUUGGGUAUUUUGAGCAAUAUUUCUGG